CCAUCUCCACCACCAGAAAGCUACUUAUUCAAUGGGGUAAGUUUCCCCUCUGUAACUCUCUCUUCUCUUUCUCGGCAAAACAUGUUUUCUGGGCUAAACAAAUUAAAAGCAAUGAAACAAUGGCAAAUAAGAUUUGGGCUGCCAUUUUGUGUUGUUUUUACUUGUCGAACCCAUUUUUUCUGUUGUUUUUGUCGAUGCUUCUUUUGGCCAGAAUUUGCCCUUUUCGUGAGUAAUUGGAAGGUGAAAAGAGACUAAUUAAGUUAAAAUGUCCGGAUCAAAACCUUCAAUAACUUUUUGAGUUUGAAUGUUAUAUUAUUUGUUUAUAAUACCUCGCAAGCGCAAUAAUUGUACAUCAAUUGGAGGUUAUUGAGAGUAGUCUGAAAUUAUAUUGAAUAUCAUUUUUUACAGUAGUUAAUAAUAUUUAAAUCUUUCUCUUAUAUUUUGGGUCAAAUUCUGUUACGAAAAGUCAUGUGCAACACAUAUGUGACCAACAGGAAGGGAUUGUGGAAGAGGUAAUUGUUGCUAUAGUGAUCUGUGGGCACGAUGUAAAUGUUGUUGCAAUGAAGGUUGUUCUUAUUUAAGUAACGAUAGCUCGUCAGCGAUUAAUGGAACCACCAGCAAGUCUAUGCAUGGUCAGUAUUCUUGCUAUACCCUACUCUCGCUGUCUCUAUUAUAAUUGAUUCGCUUAUUCCUUCGCCCUUUGUAAAAAAAAAAAAUUGAUAACUAUUUUCUCCAACUUUUCAUCAUCUUCUUUUGCCGUUUUUUAAUAAAAAAACAAAAGAAUAAUGCAAGAGAGGUUGCGUACUGCGUAGAUGGUUUCCCGUGCAAUUAAAAUUAUAUAUACAUAUUUAGGAAUACACUUACUUUGCCAAAGAAUUUAAAUUCUAUUUUUCAAACAGUGGAACAUUUCAUAUGUAGCUGAAAUUCACUGUUUACAUACACUAAUCAACUUGACUAUUUUUAUUGAGGAUUAAUUUUACAUAAUGAAUUAUCGGUUAAAGGUUAGUCUUAACAUUGAGAAUCGUUUGUUUAUGUAUAAUGUAUAACUUUCAUUCAAAUAUUCGACAUAAGCUUAAGUAAAGAUUUUAUAUACCAUGACUAAGAGAAAAUACUUCAAAACUCUCUACCAGAAUAGGAGUCAAGAUUAAAACACACAAAAAAAAUUAUGAGUGGGUAUUUUGAACUUUAGAAACUUUCCAGCAUAGAUAAUUCAUAAUCGAAUACGUGAUAAGUUCGUGAAUAAUUGUAUAAUAUGAUAUACUGAAAGAGAUUUGUUUAUCUGGUACUGCUAGUGGGCAAUCUGGAGGAUGAGGCGGAGGAACUAGCAUCAGAGGAGGGCAAGGCUAACAAGGAAGGAGCGGGUCAACCUUGAGGACAAGGUUGAUUUCAAGGAGGAGGGAUUGUUUGAAACAGACUUUUGCGAUAUUUUAUCAAGUUGUUUAUGUUUUGCAGCUAUGAAAGUAUUUUGGAUGGUUGUGAGUUAAUUGAGUUUUUUUUAUGGGAUUAAAGUAUUGGUAGUUAUAAAAAAAUAUUGGUAGUUAGUAGGAAUAGUUUGGUUAUUUAUUAUAAUGGAAUAGGAAUAGUUUGGAUUAUAUUUAGUAAUCGUGGAGGCUUUUCUUAUCAAACAAAUAUAUAACAAAAAUCCAAAAUCAUAUUUCUCUCUUCCACUUUCUCUCUCUUUUUCGGCCUUGCCCUUCUUUUUCUCACUUUGUCUCGAAAUCCUUCCCUAAGUUUUAUUCUUCUAAUCCCUAAUCUCCCAAUUCUCCUACUAUCACCAAUUGUGAAACCCUAUACGAAGAUGUCUAGAUCUAUAAUUCUUACACAAACUUUCAAAUCAAUAAUGCAAAUUCAACAUUUAUUGUAGUACAAACUCUAAUGAAUGGUACCAAAGCAUACACCUCUAGCUUUUAUUUAAAGGAUAUAUUAGCUCAUAUAAAGUGACUCUAGACUUUUCUGAGACGCUUCUUCCAUGAACGGGCCAAAGCCGACAAACUACGCCUACCAGGCUUCCUCCACGGCCCAUAUUCCUAAGAAAAAUAAAGAAAUAAUUAGCAAUCGGGCUUUUACAUGUGCUCGUAGCCCACCAAGGAAACCCACUCCGCCAAUCCUCCCCCACUACCGUCCAGACUGUGACUGGGCCGAAUGGGACUAUGAUGCAAAUUGUGGAGCUACAACUACGGGAAACAAAAAUGGUGACCGCUCUUCCCAAGUCGGUCACAGUCAGAACUAAGCAACGUAUAAAAAAAUCAUGCUUUGGAAAUCACCUGCGAAGUUCACUCGGAUGAAGACUCUACAUAUUUGGACCCGAACCAAAGAACAAAAAGCGAAAUUAAGAGCUCGGAUUGCGUCGUUAACUCUACAAGAGAUUAAGUCUUGGACAAGCGCUGCUACUCCGGCAAAUAAGACGGUUGGAGCAAAUGCUCUGGACACUCACCUAAGCGGACAACAGUGGUAACCGGGCUGGAGGAAGCGAGGAACACCCUUCCCUCAGCACUUCUAUCCUUUCUUUCACCCUCUUCUUUUCUUCUUUCUUCUGCUUUAAUUGCUAUUUUAUGUCAAUGUUAACAACCACUAACUUAAAUAUCUUUUCUUGGAAUGUUGGACGGACUGAAAGCAGAGCAUUUACGCGAGCGCUGAAGCUGGCCAUCUAGAGACACUGUCCAAACUCGGUCAUCUUGCUUGAGCCUCAAGUCAGCGGCGAUGCGGCUAACAUCAUUUGCGACAAGUUGGAUUGCCCACUUCGAUGAGAUUUGAGGUUGAGGGCAGAGAUGGAUGCAUUUGGGUGUUCUGGGAUGAUAACAUCUUCUCGACUACCUUGUCUUCAGCCUAUACGCAAAAUAUAUCACUUUGAAUUUCUUAGUCCAACAGGGCUCAUUAGAUGCUAACGGCAAUGCAUGCUUCGCCCAAACAAAACCACAACGUAUUCUUUGGGAUAACCUCAUUGUUAGAGAUAGAUUAGGAAUAAUCUUAUAUUUCCUUAUCCUUCUAGUAUAGUUCUUAGUAUUUCUGUGUCCUUCUAGCAUUGUGGUUCUCUUACUUAUUCUCCAAGUCUUGUAAUCUAUAUAAACCCCUUUGUGUUUCAUACUUUCAUAAUAAUACAAGCUACAAGUUACUAUUCCUAAAACUCCUAUAUGGUAUCAGAGCCUCUUGCUUAACAGCCUACUGAUCCAGGAACCCUAAACCUUUUUUUUUCUUUUUUCUCCCUUCACCGGCGGGAUCAGCCCGCACUCACCCGGUCAUUUUUCCCUUCUGCUCAUUAGUCCUCUUGCAUUCCCUAAUUCCUAUUACUAGUUUAUUUAAAACUAUUGUCCUCGUUUGCCUUGUUUUUUGGAAACGGAUCAGGUCAGUAACCUUAUGGUGAGUAACCAUGAGUAUCCCGUCCACAUCAGCAUCCCUCUCUCUCCUGGAAAGCCUUUAAUUUUCCUCUCCUUAAUAUUUGAUAGACGAUUUCUCACUCGUUUUAAGUAAAAAAAAAAAUUUGCAUAGUUAGAUCAGAUUACUUGUGCUCUUCAAAAUGAUAUCCACUUUGAUAUAUUUUUCGAACAAAAAAAAAUUGAGCCAUUUUUUACCAGUCUAUACCAUAUGAUAUUGACUGGUAUUGAAAUAAGUGCAUACCUAUGGUUUGAAAAGCGUACCAUGGUGGUAUGAACAAGCCAAGAUUGUAGGAUGGUUGAAUACAUUAUAGUAGAAGUAUAUUAACUGUCAUUUAUGACUUUUAACAUUAUGUACCACAAGAUACCACCCCGUACCAGUGUGGUAUUUUUUGGUCCUGUAAUUUGUUCUACCAGAAAUUUGUAGAUCCAAUAGAUCAUGAUGAACUCGUUCAUUCUGUACAAACGUUUUCAAAAACGUAUUAAAAACGAAGAAGAUACAAUAUGGUAUGCAGUUGGUACCGAGGGGCAAGAAUUUUUUUUCUCAAAAAAUAUUGAAAAUGUAUAUCUUUUUGUAGAGCACAACGAACUCGUUCAAUCUGUGCAAAAAAUAAAAAUCCGAGUUAAAACAAAGAAUAUAUGAGCCGAUUAAGAAAACUAGGAAAAAUAAAAAUGACUUUUAAUUCUCCAUCCUUAGAUCUGGAUUUUCUAAAUGAAGGGUCCAGAUUUAGUUAUUGAUGGGUGCAUAACCCAUGGUUAUGCACCCUAUCUUGAGCCUUGUUUUUCCUUCUCGUGGUCCUAGUUAAUCUUUCUGAGAUUUUACUCAAUAAAUUCCUAAUGGUUUCCCCACUCCCACGUCCCCAUCAGCGCCCAAGCCCGACCUCCAAAUACCAGUCCCCAAAUCAUUCAUCAAUCACAUAUCAUAAUCGUUAAUUUUUGUUGCAGAUUCUGUUGAUUGUUUUGUUCUUCGUGGAUCGUUCCCUGCUGCCUUGUCCUUGGAGAUCAAGAUCCUAUUUUUAUAGCCGACGUUAUUGUUCUUAUCUUAUUUUCAGAUUGUUGCAGAAUUAUACGGCGGAGCCACAGUCAUCCUCCAGCCAUCUCUUCUUCAAGUGUAUGGAACGAAGAAAGCUUCUCCGACAACGGUCAUUCGGAUGAAUGCCUCGUGUCCUAUACCAGUUUACGUUUAUUGGUAUUGUCAAAACCAAUUGAUUAAUGUUCAUCUCGUUUCUGGUCAACUUUUGACGACGAGUGAGUUGGUUGCAACAUAUGAAUUGCAAGUUGGAUGAUUUAUUCUUCUCCAAGAUGACGGUUAGUUAGCUUUGCUCUCAAGCACGAGAGUUCGACGAGUUUGCAUCACAUUCGACACCAUCACAUUGCGGGGGCGUGUUCUUCAAGAUUGGCGUAUUUUGGUCAAGAUUGAUGUUGUUCUUCGCAUCAUCAUCUUGCGUGGGGCGUGUUAGAGAUAGAUUAGGAAUAAUCUUAUAUUUCCUUUUCCUUCUAGUAUAGUUCUUAGUAUUUCCAUGUCCUUCUAGUAUUGUGGUUCUCUUACUUAUUGUUCAAGUCUUGUAAUCUAUAUAAACCCCUUUAAGAUUUCAUAAUAAUACAAGCUACAAGUUACACGCUAUUAUUCCUAAAACAAUCGAAUUGACAUCCCCUGUCUCCUUACCGGAGACUUCAACGCUAUUCAAAUUUUGUAAAAAAAAUCGGGGGCCUCGCAAGGAAUACAACAAGGUGAUGUCG